AUGAUGGCCGUUAGGUCGCCCGUGCCUGUACUAUCGUAUCGCGACACUUCCAGUCCAUACGCUGGGUCGGACCCGAUGUCUUUCGAACGUCCUUCGCCCCCUAGUACGAGGAAUUCAAUCUACUCAACAGUUUCGGAUUCAAAGACAAUCGCUGAACCGGAGUCUGUUCCUGCGAUCACUGCCCCUACACCAUCAGAUAACAAUAAAGCGGAGUUGGAGGACGAUCAUAAUGGGUCCACCAUAACAACACCAGACCAGGGUUCGGUGCCAAGGUCAUCACCAUCGAAGUUGACGAUUAAAACUACAUAUGCGCAUCUUCCAGGUCCUAAUACAAGAUCUGACGAUGAUGAACCCCCACAAUCCGUUAUACAUGCUCCGUCGGGUUUCCGAGAUUUUACCCAAGCGCAUGCGCAACCGUCCGUUGAAGAGUCAUGCGAGGAAGAUGACUCUUCUCCCGAUUCCGAGCAUGCGCAGGUGUUGCUUGUCCCUAAUAAAUCAAAGAAGGUAUAUUUACAACAUUCUUUUAAUUCCUCCGUGUCAAGUCCUAUAUCCCCACCGCCCAUAACGACCACUAUACCACCUCAGGCUCCCAAGGACUGGUCAGACAGAGCAACCCCUCAGGCGCAGACAAGACAAGACUUUGAGGAAACAGAACGACGCUCGCGGUCCGUUAGUAGCUUAGAAGGUAUCCCAGAAGGUACACAAAACCAAGCGAUGGACAAUCAGAAUUAUAGAGUAGGCACUGACAUUCAAAUAGGAGCCUUCUCUAGCCAGGACAUCGAAAUCAGUGCUUUGCGAACCGCCCUGGCUGAAUGCUGGACCCUAUGUAAUACGCUGGCUAGUUUAAGUUAUAUUAAUCGAGAGCGACUUUUGAGAACCCCCGAGGAUGGAAUGCAGGAGGAUGCAUGGAGGUCAUGUUGGCGACUUUGUCAAAAGUUAUAUGCUACGCAAGAUGAUGAUUUUGCCCUACAAGUCAACCCCACGCUCGACCUUUGCCGGGACUUCUGCCAGGCUCUCUUCGAGGUCCGAGUUUGCGACAGCGACUUGACGGACUCGGUUCUCAGAGUCAGCUUUGAACUUAACAAUCAUCUCUAUAACACUCAUGAUCGCAAUCUUCCCGACGCGUUUCGUGAGCGCACGCUCGACUUUUACAUCACUCUCUGUCACCGCCUCAUGAAGCAGCGCACCCGUCUCACCGCGACCGAUUCGCUGCUCAGUGCAUGUUGGACCUUAGCGGAGAUGCUUUUCAGCAUCCGGCAAAGUAAGCGAGAACGGAAAGAAUUGGAUGAGGAGCUCCUGGGAUCUGCAGUCCAGGCCUGUUGGGAACUCUGUGAUAUCUUCCGCGAGGGCUGGACCCUACAAAGUAUGCGCAACUCUGAUCGUGGCACGCCACGACCAAGCCAGACAACGUUCGCCCACGCUUUUCAACAAGCGACUACUUACUCUGAGGUUGACUUUGUGGAUGAUUCCGGGCAGCUUUGGAAUCCAGAGACUCCAACUACUAUUUUCGAAGACACAGCAACGGUGUCCCCGGAUGAAGCACCGGUCCCGAACAUACUUGUUCUUGGACAUGGUAAUGGUCACGGUCACAGUCACAGUUCACAUCCGAAGUGGCCAUCGAGUGCUUCGAGUAUCUCGGAACAGUCUCGCUCUUCUGGACAUACAGCGUCGUCGGCUAAUACUGUGACAACUGUAUCCGAAGAUCCGAACUUUACUCGAUUGAAGAUAUUAAUCACCAAGGCCGCUGUCAACAGUGGGUACCAACGGGCUAGCAAUCAAGUCCUAUCUUCUUUUGUGAAGUCUUUACCUGCAGAUGCAUUUGGUUCAGCACCGUGGCAGGUUUCCCUAUUCAAGUAUUAUCGAAAGUUAGUUGCGUUUGAUCCGGCCUUUCGCAGUGUUGGCUCUCAGGCUCGGGUGAGUGCGAUUGAAGUGGCCCGGGCGUGUCAAGCCAUGCUCCAGAGUGGGCAGUACUCUUGGCUUCGAGAUUUGUAUCGUCUCGUGUUUGGAUUUCAGAUAGAGGAUGCAAUGGGACGGAAGGGGGUCAUCAUUCAAACAUGA